UAAAUUUUAGUACGCCUCGGGCCUUGUUGGCGUGUGGAUGUGUCGCUCGGUUUAUCAUUGUUUUUACGUUACGAAAUCUUGGUGAAAUGUGAUAGUGGUUGUAGUUGAUAGUGAUGUGUCAAAAAUAUGUGUUUAGGAUCAUUCUUGUGAUAAGUGUUUUAUAUGGAAAAGUUACUAAUGGAGGUACAGACCAAACGACGGAAAAGGAGACCCGACCGGAAUACAUCCAUCCAGACGGUCUUAUAAACUUCGAUCCUUACCUCUCAGACUUUAAGCAAGAAGUUGUUGAAGACGACUAUAUUCCCAUACCAGAAAACGACGAAACGGUUGAUGGCUUACCAAUCUUUCUACUCGAUCCAAAGAACUCAUACGUGCAACGAACGAAGCCGGCAACCCUGGUUUGCAGGGCUGCGAACGCUUUACAAGUUUUCUUUAAAUGCAACGAUGUGAGAAUAGAAAAAACUGUACAGUUCGAGCACGUGGACCCCCAGAAUGGAGUUAGGGUUGUCGAGGCCGAGUUAAAUGUAACGAGAAAUGAAAUAGAUGAAUAUUAUGGUGGCAAAUACAGUUGCGAUUGUUACGCGUGGAAUAGCAAGGGAAGGAUCCGAAGUCAGGCUGUUUUCAUUGAAUAUGCUUAUAUUAAGAAGCAGUUUGUCCAAUACCCCCAAUCCGUCACUGUGGAAGCGGGAAAACAGGCCACCUUCCGCUGUAGCCCACCGCCCGCUGCUCCACCAGCUACCAUCAAAUGGUUGAGGAACGGAGUCCCGGUGGACGCCACUGAUGAGAUGUUGGUUCUGCCGAAAGUUAAAUUACAGGACAUGGCUAACUACUCGUGUAUAGCAGAGAACAUCGCUGGUAGAAGAGAGUCAGACACGGCUGUCUUGUCUGUUUAUGUGAACGGAGGCUGGUCUGAGUGGUCUCCAUGGGUCCCGUGUCGAUGCGGAUCCCAGAGCAGUGGAAGACGAAGAACCAGGACGUGUUCUGAACCAGCACCGGUUAAUGGGGGAGCGCCUUGUAGGGGACAGUCCUCGCAGAGUGAUGACGACUGUCUGAAGUGCCAGAGUGGUUCCUGGUACCCCUGGAGUGCAUGGUCUACAUGCAGCGAGGACUGCGUCAGAGUCCGACGUCGGCAGUGUUCAGGGUCUUGUUUAACUGGCUCCACAAUGCAACAUGCCGCAUGUGUUGACGGGCUAUGUUCUUCUGGUAUACAUUUAUACAAAAACAAUUUGACAAUGUACGUGGGUAUUGGAAUCACAAUAGCUAUGCUUUGUGCUGGAGGUGUCAUUUUGUAUGUGUGGUGCAAGUACAGAGCGCGACCUGGAUAUACUGCUGCAAGAGUUAGACUACCCAAAACCUAUUCCCGGGACAAGGGCAGUACCGGACCGGAUUUAACAAGAACGUGUAACGAGUACUGGAUGCAACGACCCGAUAACCAGUAUGACAUGCCUCAGAUGAGGGAAAGUUACUCGUCGCCGUUCGGCAACCGCACUCACCACUCGAGUAACCACUACGAGAUGAAGCCCUACAGCCCCUCAGGUGACUCCGCGUCCAGUUGUUAUACCAACUCUCGAACAAUGACGUCACGAUCCAGCGAGUGUUCGUCACAACUGGCGGAAUUGGUGACGUCAUCGCCCUCGCUGUCAAAGGUCGAUGUUGCUGUCACCCUACCGCCUCACACCAUGGAGAGCUAUAGAGACAAAAUAUGUUUAACCAUAGUAAAAUAGAUUCAUAGAUAAAUGUGAACGCAUCUAUUUUAAUUUUACGUGAAACUUGUUUUCUUUUCCGGAAAUGGGAAAAUAAUUUUAUAUUAUUGAUAUUCAUUUUUAUAAGCUAAAGUCUUAGAAAUUUUCCUUUUGUAUUUAUGCUAUAUCGCCAUUUUCUUUUUUUUAUGACAGAUUCUUAACAUAUUGGAUAGGCAAGCCACUUGCGAGCCUUCAGGCAAUGUGAGUGGCCAUUGGCGGCGGUAUUAGGUACUUAACAUAAGUUGCGCUUCAUGUUUGCCUCCUUUUACAUAAAAAUAGACAAACUAUGGCCAAACUAAAUUACUUUUAAAGAAAAGUUUUUAGUACUCAUUGCUUAAAACAGAAGUAAAAUCUUUGUACCACAGCCUAUCAUAACGUCGACUGAAGAACGACGUGAUUUGGUAGUAAAAUCUUUUUCGUUGACAUACUUAAUGAAUGUCUUACUUAGCCUUUCAAGGGAUUUAUUUGCUUAUAUAUUAGAAAACAAGUGUAGUAUUGUCAGAAUGGCGUUAGUUACUCAAGCACAACAGUUCCUGUCAUUUCCAUUUAAAUAUCUUGGAAUUAUAUACACCGGAUCAUUAGAUUUAAUUGUUAUUUAAAUUUUUUAUAAAGUGUAAUAAUUAGUGAUUUUUGUAUCUAAAUCUUGGUUAUAUCGGACUUAUAAAAUCAGUGGUACCUCGAUAUACGAGUGUUUAGAGAUACGACCAGCCGAUUGAGCGAUAUUGUGCUUGCAUAGCUGUAGAUGAAUACCACUUUUACAGUUUCUCCAACCUGUAUGUUUGCUUCUUACCUUCGUUUUCGAAGCAUUUUUAAUAAGUUUGGUUCGCGUUUUUUGCUUUACAAAACUUUAUAACCAUAGGUCGGAAGAAGAUGAUGUCUAUUAACUUAAAGCGAGAAAUCAUUUUCUUAUUCAAAAACACCUAAC